AUGGCUCUCAUCUCCCUCCUCUCUCUCAAUGACGACGUCCUUUUCGAAAUCUUCUCCUUGCUGAACAGCAGAGAGGCACUCGCAGUCUCCUUCACAUCCAAACGGGCCUAUCGAUUUGCCAUCUGCCGCGCACUCGCCAGCGUGUAUUGGACAUACAAGAACGAUGUCGACGACGGAUCUGAAGCCGACGCAUUUUGGGAGCACAUGCGUGUGCCUGAACCGGUUUCUCAGGUUCCCCGUAUCCGACAUCUCCGGCACCUCGUCCUGGGAGAUUUUGGAGAGCACGAUAUACCUUCUCUGUGUGCAAUCCUCCUCCAAGCCUCCAACCUCCGCACCAUCGAGAUCAGCCUCCUAGAGGACUUCCUCGACUAUUUUAUUCCGGCGUUGGGCGCGUUGCACCUCCUCGAGAAGGCUUGCCUGUUGGAGAUUGGCCCCAGAACGAUUCCCGCCCUGCCGGCCAUGUUCUCAUGUUCCAACCUCGCGUCCUUAACACUCAACUUCGACACAUACUAUUUGGCCCCGCCAGCCGACGAUGUCGAUCUCACAGCCCUUGUAUCUUUCCUCGUCUCCAUGCCGAAGAUACAGACUCUGUCGAUCGAUAUCGACAAAGCGCUCGCAGUGCUACCCAACACCCCCAGUCGCCUCAGGCUUCCCUCGGUCCGCCACCUCUCCCUCUGGUGCGAGCCACAGGUGCCCGAGAGCAUCGUGCCACUGUGCCCGAAUCUUGUCACACUUUCACUUUUUCUGUAUUACGAAGAUGACCGCCCUGUGACAUUUUCCAUAGCCGCGGACGACCGGCGGCCCGUCGUGCUCAAGGAGCUCAACUUAUCACACGUCAAGAUUGCAGAAGACACCCUGCGACGCAUGGGACACGUCCACUCACUGGUGGUGGGAGGCUUGGGACGGUCAUUAUCCAGCUCAGAAUUCCACGACCUCCCCCCGCUGCUCGAAGCGGUCCAGCCCUUCGCUCUCCACCUGCUCACACCCGAGCCUGCUCUGACCGAACCGGAGCGCACAUGGAGGCCCUUGGUCAGCGCGGCGCGCCAGCUCCGCUCCCUGGAAGUCACCGCCCACGGGUACGCCAGCCCCGCCAACGUGCGCGACCACCUGGAGCCGCUCCUCGCCGCGCUGCAGUCCUCGCCGUCGCUCGCGUCGGUCUCACGCGUUCGGGACAAGAACGAGUAA